AUUCGGGGGCAGCAAUGGCGUCAUCAACACAGGCGAGUGACGUUAUCUUUAAGCGACCGGCUGCUUCAACGUGUGCGUGCGUGAGUGUGUGAGUGUUUACAGAGGAUCAGAACUGAGUUGUGAAGUGUCACUGAGAGAGAGAUGGAUCUGCAGGUGUCUGUGGUGUUGCAGGUUCUGUCUCAGGCAAGUAGUCAGGACUCGGCUCUUCUCAAACCUGCAGAGGAACAGCUGAGACACUGGGAGAACCAACCGGGGUUCUACUCCAUACUACAGACUAUCUUUAAUAACCAUGUGUUGGAUCUGAACGUGCGCUGGCUCGCUGUCCUCUACUUCAAAAACGGCAUUGACCGCUACUGGAGGAGGGGCGCCCCAAAUGCUAUCUCAGAGGAGGAGAAAUCAUCUCUGCGUGCAGGACUCAUCACCAACUUCAAUGAGCCUGUCCAUCAGAUAGCAACUCAGAUUGCAGUGUUGAUAGCGAAGGUGGCGCGGCUGGAUUGUCCCCGUCAGUGGCCUGAGCUGGUGCCCGUGUUGCUGGAGGCCAUUAAACACCCAGACGAGCUCCAUCAGCACCGAGCGCUGCUCACACUCACACACGUCAUCAAAACACUUGCCUCCAAACGCCUCAGUGCUGACCGAGCACUGUUCCAACAUUUGGCCUCAAGCAUCUACAGCUUUGCCUGCUCUUUGUGGAGUCAUCACACAGACACGUUCCUGCUGAAGAUACAGAGUGGAGAACCACACGUAGCUCUCAGUGCACUCGAACACACACUGCUGUCUCUGAAGGUGCUGAGGAAGCUGACUGUUAAUGGGUUUGUGGAACCUCAUCAGAACAUGGAGGUGAUGGGUUUCCUUGGUGCGGUGUUCGAGAGAUUACGGCAGUUUUUAGAGUGUUGUGGUCAUGUAGAUGAAGCUCACGCCUGCAGAGAGAAGCUGGAGAAGAUCAUCAUCCUCUACACCAAAGUGUUUCUGGACUUCCUGGACACUCACCCCCACUCGUUCAUCCCCCUGAUCCAGCGCACCCUGGAGUUCUCCGUCUCCUUCGUCUUCACUGAGCAGGGCGACGGUCUGGUCUUUGAGCGCUUCAUCGUCCAGUGCAUGAACCUCAUCAAGAUGAUCAUCAAGAACGAUGCCUACAGACCAGCCAAGAACCUGGAGGACAGUAAAGCGGAGAACUUGGAGGCACACAGGAUUAAAUCGUCUUUCUUCACACACUCAACUCUCACAGAGAUCUGUAAACGACUUGUGUCAAAGUAUUUCCUGUUAACACAGGAAGAGCUGACCAUGUGGGAGGAGGAUCCUGAAAGCUUCGCUGUUGAGGAGACUGGAGGUGAUUCGUGGAAAUACAGUUUGCGACCAUGUACAGAAGUUUUAUUCUUGGACCUUUUCCACAACUACAGUCAGACUCUGACUCCAGUGCUGCUGGACAUGGUACACACACUACAGGGUUUCAGUAAUAUUGAUGAUCCAGUACAGAUGCUGAUGAAGGAUUCAGUGUAUAAUGCUGUAGGCUUGGCGGCGUAUGAGCUGUUUGACAGUGUGGAUUUUGAUCAGUGGUUUAAGAAUCAGUUGCUGAUGGAACUUCAGUUUAACCACAUCAGGUAUAAGGUGAUCAGGAGGCGUGUGAUCUGGUUGGUCGGUCAGUGGAUCUCAGUGAAGUUUAGGCCGGAGUUGCGUCCACUACUGUAUGAAAUCAUCCUUGGCCUUCUGCAGGACCCAGAUCUCGUGGUUCGUAUUGAGACAGCCACAACACUGAAGCUCACUGUAGAUGACUUUGAGUUCAGAACAGAGCAGUUCCUUCCAUAUGUAGAGUCGAUCUUCGCUCUGUUGUUCCAGUUGCUGCAGCAGGUGACGGAGUGUGACAGUAAAAUGCAGAUCCUCCAUGUAAUCUCCUGCGUUAUAGAGAGAGUGGGCAUGCAGAUACGUCCCUACAUUGGUUGCCUUGUUCAGUACCUCCCUCUGCUGUGGAAACAAUCUGAAGAACACAACAUGCUGCGCUGUGCGAUCCUCACUACACUUAUCCACCUUGUAAAGGGCUUGGGGUCAGAGAGCAGGAACCUGUAUCCAUUUCUACUUCCUGUUAUUCAGCUGAGCACAGACGUGUCCCAACCACCACACGUCUACCUGCUGGAGGAUGGCUUGGAGCUGUGGUUGGUGACGUUAGAGAACAGUCCGGCUUUAUCUCCUGAGCUGCUCAGAAUUUUCCAGAACAUGUCGGCCCUGCUUGAGAUGAGUACAGAGAACGUGCGGACGUGUUUUCAGAUUAUCAACUCCUAUGUUUAUCUGUCAGCUACCGACUUCCUGCAGAGUUAUGGUGAAGCUCUGUGCAGAUCGUUCUGUGAAUUCCUGAAGGACAUUACAGCCGAGGGGCAGGUGCAAGUGCUCAAGGUGGUGGAGAUUGCGCUGAAAGUGAGUCCAGUUCUGGCAUCUCUCAUGUUCCAGCCUCUUCUGCCUGCUGUGUUCAGAGGAGUGAUUGAAGGAGAGAGGUAUCCUGUGGUGAUGUCCACAUAUCUGGGUAUAAUCGGUCGCAUCCUUCUGCAGAACUCCAGCCUGUUCUCUUCAAUGCUGACACAGAUGGCCAUGGAGUUUAAGCAGGAGCCAGAGCAGCUGUUGGGGAACCUGAUGGAGAUGUGGGUGGACAGGAUGGACAACAUAACACAGCCUGAGAGGAGGAAACUGUCAUCUUUAGCCCUGCUCUCAUUGCUACCUUCAGAAAACAGUGUUGUUCAGGAGAAGUUUUGUGGGAUUGUUAAUAUCUGUGUCGAGUCUUUACAUGAUGUGAUGACUGAAGAUCCGGAGACAGAGACCUUCAAAGACUGUAUGCUGGUCAGUGGAGGGGAGGAGCCAAAGUUCUCUGAGGAUGAAGAACCUCCCACUGAACAGGACAAGAGAAGGAAAGUGCUGGCUCUAGAAGACCCGGUACAUACAGUGUCUCUGCAGCAGUGUGUGUAUGAGAAACUGAAGCUGCAGCAGGGGAUAAUGGGAGAUCAGGGCUUCCAGUCUCUCAUGGAGACAGUGGACACAGAGAUCGUCCACCAACUGCAGGAGUUCCUACAGGGACUGUAACCAUACCAACAUCAGACUGACCUCACACAUACACAGUGUAAUUCACACCGUUACCAUAGAAACAUCAACUCACACAACAUCAAAUAAUGUCACACUGUGCCAAAUAUCUCACACACGCACACAAAAUAACAACCUGUAUCUCAUUUCACACACACGCCUCAUACACACACGCCUCAUACACACACACCACUCACACACACACACACACAGCUUCCUGUUUAUUUUAUAUUUUAAACAAUUUCAUUCAUGUUUCAAAUUUGUAUUCCCUACUCCCUACAUUCUGUUCCCUACUCCCUACAUUCUGUUCCCUACUCCCUAUUCCCUGUUCCCUACUCCCUAUUCCCUGUUCCCUACUCCCUACAUUCUGUUCCCUACUCCCUAUUCCCUGUUCCCUACUCCCUACAUUCUGUUCCCUACUCCCUAUUCCCUGUUCCCUACUCCCUAUUCCCUGUUCCCUACUCCCUAUUCCCUGUUCCCUACUCCCUACAUUCUGUUCCCUACUCCCUAUUCCCUGUUCCCUACUCCCUAUUCCCUGUUCCCUACUCCCUAUUCCCUGUUCCCUACUCCCUACAUUCUGUUCCCUACUCCCUAUUCCCUGUUCCCUACUCCCUAUAUUCUGUUCUCUACCCCCUGUUCCCUACUCCCUACUCUCGACCCCCUCUUCCCUUCAGAGUGCUUUAUUGUGAAUUGGACAGUGAGUAAUUUGCAGUGCAUUGUGGGAGGUUCUGCUGUCAGUCUUCUGGUGAGAGAGAGUAGUGUGCUUCCAGAAUAGUGCACUAGGUAGUGAAUAGAGGGUAGUGGAUUAGCAGUUAGCCUUAUUUGUUUUUUUGCAAAGAGGAAAGUUUGAAGUUUAUGAACAGAACGUUUUCUGAUGUUGUGCUAGCAUUUUUCCCUCUUUCCUCAGAAGUGUGAUGAUUACUGAAGGAGAAAACGAUAAAAACCCCAAAACUUCCAGACGAGUUUUUUUAGUUUCUGAUUCUGAACUUCCAUAGAGCGUGAAAAUCUGAUCAAAUGAUUAUUUUUUUUACACAUUCUCUCUGUGAAGGUGAACAGAGUUCUGCAUUAAAGUCUGAAACAUGUCUCUUAUUUCUCUUUAACUGAAGUGACCAGUUCUCGUUUAUUUUCUAUUAAAGUGAAUAAAAUCUUUCA